UCGUUCAUGAUGCUACACUAGCAACGCUCUAUACAAGUGCCGUGAUGUCCCCGAUGUGAAGUCCUUACACUGCAAUUAUCUCACUGCGAUGUCUUCCUUCUGGUACAUAUUGGGAUAUCACAGCGGCAUGAGGGACUGUGUGACACGUUCCGUGUCGGCACAGAGCCCCGGCGUUCCUUUUUGGGAUCUAGACCGGUUAUCUAUCUAAAUGUGAAAGGAGCUAACGGCUAGUCUUUCGAUCACUUCCAUAUCGGCGCAGGCCCCCCUGAAGCUUUCCAUUCCGAAUCUUCCAAUACUCUCUUUGCGACCACCAUCUUUAACUACCAGUUCAGCGACAUACUUCUCACCUUCCCAGAUAACCACACUCAUUCUUUUCUUAUAAUAUCCACCUUGUCUUUCUCUUUAGCUUCUGUCGUAGUGUUAAUACCAGAUGCCGGCACAGUGCGAACAAUGCUCCAAUCGUGUCUUGUCCAACUCGAGCAUGGUGAUCUACCACUGCGAUAAAGAGUUCGCCUCACCUCCUUUCCUGUCUUCCCUUCUACGGAACAACGAUCUUCCGUCUUCCUCGGAUACCCGCACUCUCAAUGCAUGUCGAGCUGAAGUCCGCGCCUCGCUUGCCGAACUCAACGUCGCCAUUGCAAAGCUAGAAGCUGAGCGUGCUCGAAUCCAGGAAAUAUCAUCCCAAUAUGAUACUGUGCUUUCUCCUGCGCGUCGUGUUCCCCUCGAGAUCCUCACAGAGAUCUUUCUCUAUGCGGUCGAGACCAAUCCCUCGUUCUAUAACACCUUCAAUCUAGCAACAGAACCCUGGUCGUUGAGCCAGGUAUGCCGUACAUGGGGAGUCGCUGCUCUCAAUUUCUGCCCCAGCAUCUGGAAUAGCAUGAGCAUCCAUACUCCCCAGCUCGGUGAGAUGGUGAAGAGAGACUAUUCAUCCAUCCUCAGCGCGGCACUCGACCGGGCCAGCCACAAGUCCGAAGGCUACGUUUUUCAUCUCUUCGUUUCCGAGACCGAUGCCGACGAGGCGGUGACGAAUGGGGUCCUGGACCUCCUUCUGCAGAGAUCACACAGCUGGGAAGACGCCCGACUGUCCAUCCCGAUGACGAUGUUUCCAGCACUCUCCGCCAUCACUGGCAAGCUGGACACUUUGACGUGCUGUCACAUCUACCUUGCAGACAUCUGGGCGCAGGCUCAUGACAGGGAGUUUGAUUUCUUAUCCGCUGCUCCAAACCUCAGCGAGGUUGUACUGAAAGGAUUUGGAGAUGGUCCACUGAUACGCUUGCAAACAUCCAAGUUGGUCGUGUAUACUGACGACAGACAAGUCUGCCGUCGAGAUGCUCAUGACCAUUUCCUCAGCAUCGUCGAAACCGCCCCACAUCUCGUCAUAUUCAAUACCAAUUACAGGAAAGAGGGAAUCGGAAUGAUCCCACCCGCGCAGCCGCGAAUCGUUCAUCCCAUGGUACGCGAAUUCACUGCCUGCGAAACCGCGCUCUUGGAGAGCGUGGAAUUUCCGGCGCUCCGAUCCUUCAGACUCGCUCCUAGUCCGGGAGCAUUUACAUGCCCUCGGGAUUCACUCUCCGGUUUACAUACCUUCAUCAUGAAUUCACACUGCCGGUUACGACGUUUGAAGAUCACGAACGCGCUUCUCGACGAGUUUGUCGUUCCUAUCCUCGAGAUAACCCCACGACUCGUACAGCUGCAGCUCAGCUUAGGCCUUUGGAUCCAAGAUAAUGACAAUGUUAUCAAGGAUGUCAUCUUGCGCAUGGGACAGUCGACGCCUGAUAACCAGGGCUCUCCGCAGUUCAAUUUCCUUCCAAUGCUGAGCAUUCUGGAGGUGACGAUAAGCGAUUCGAUGAACGAAGGGCUUGGUUUCGUGGAUGACGCCUUUGUGGCCAUGAUAAAAGCGCGGCGGGAUGUGUUAUCCGAGCGUGCCCGAUUAUCGAAGGUGGUUGUAAAGGCGAUUACUCCCAGUGCGAAGUUCAAGAGGCUGUCAGACGAGGGAAUUCGAGCUUUGAAGGAUUGCAAGGCAGGCGGCCUUGAGAUUGAAAUUAAGGCUACAGCGGCCAGUGGUCAAGGCGACAAGUAUAUUAACUACGUGUAAUGGACAAGAAAAGGGCAUUAUCAUAUAAAUCGGUGCUUGAAGUAGUUUAUGUUACUUAUUAUAAUAGAAUACAGCGAAAUUGUGCUCAAGUUUAUAGUAUCGGAAAAGAACAACAGUGU